AUGCGUGCCAAGCAUGACCCAACGUUGAAAUAUAUGGCCAAUGUUGUGGAUUUCGGGGAGCAUAGUAACAAUGAAAUCCAGCGGGCAGUGCUGCCACGAACAGAAUCUGGUUACAGUAACAAGUUACUUAUUUUCGACGAUUUUGUCAAAUUACAUCCACAGGCCGUCAUUCCGCCGGACAUCAGAACUUGCAGGGCUUUUCUCGAGUGGGUUGCAAGAGGAAUGGACGGUCGGAUCGAAGAAAGGCCUACAGUCGAGACGAUUCAGGGAUUUUUUAGGAAAUUCGCCACUGGCAUGAAGAGAAAAAGAAACUUUGAAUUCCCACCAGCCACUAGAACUACAAUCAAUGAGUAUAUCGUGGGAGAACUAAAGAUCAAGAUCCCUCUCUCAACUGGGCAAAUGAACAAAGAUGGCGGUGUAUCCCCAAAUGAUUUGACUAUCUUAAUGACUCAAUUAUGGUGUCGAGACCACCAUGAGUAUCGUGGAGCCCCUGCCGAUCGGGCCAGAGUCCAGCUGAGUGCCGCAAUGCUCCUAUAUUGCUUUACCUCUGCACGCACAGGGGAGGUUCACGAAUCAACCGCUCGGAGACACGGAGCCCGGGAGAUCGAGGGGGAUAGCGAGGAUGUUGACUUAGAAUCCCGCGUGAUGGCUGCCUGUUAUAAGCACUUUGAACUCACCAUCGAGUCCGUAGAUGGUAUGAUAAUACUUGUGCUCACCUACGAGCGUGAAUUUGUUAAAGGAUAUUGGCGAAAGACAAAGUGGGAGAUUCCCAAGCACGCAUUCUACGAAGUAUACGCUGAGGACGUACCUAUAUUUCUAAACCUUUUGACAUUUUUUUUACCAAUGGCCACUACAGACAAAGCUUUCAGAGAUUACGGUUCUGUGAGCGAGAUCCUAGAUGCUAUCGAUAUGUAUAAGCAAGCCGGUCCUUCAGAGGAUAAGAUCCUUGCGGUGAUUCAUGUCCGGGAAGAGAUGAGAAACCUGCCGGUUUUUCGCCAAUAUCUUGAGCAUAAUGUGGACAAUUUCAAAGGCCAUACUAGGGGAGCGGAUUCCUUCGGCAAGGCCUUGGUCAAUCUAGGACAUAGAAGUGGCUACACGCUGAAUAUUACUGUUCGGGCGUGUCGAAGAUGGGCUUUACAGCAAGCAGACAAGACGUAUUCCGAGUCUGCAAGAAUGAAGUUCGCUAGGCAAACCAACCGGGACACAUACGGAAAGUCAUACGCGCAUCCUCUUAGUGAGGUUGAUAGACCAGCAAACUAUCUCGGAAUUGCCAGCCGACAAGAACAUAUCCAGAAUCGUCGGGGAAUGGGUCUUUACCGAAAUUCCUCUUUAUCGCAGCUCCUUCCUGCGAAAGCUGAGUAUGAAUUUCUUGCCCGAGAAGAUGUUUACGCUCUUGACCAAAUCAUGGCAAAGUUGAGUUUGCUGCUCUCAGACGCCACGCCGGAAGAAAAACACAAAAUCCAACUCAAAUAA